AUGAAAAAACUAUUUAUUCUAUUUCAAACGCUGGAGGUGGCGCUCAAAACUGUCGAAACUCGAUUUUAUUUCCUUUUUUUCCUGAAAUUGGAGGUUUCCGGAGCUCCGGCCUUGGCGGCGGCAUUGGCAAUGUUCAAAAUCUUGAGGAGCUUUUCUUCAGGUUUCACGAGAACGGCAAGAACGGAGACAGAUGCAUUCUGUUUUGUAGCGUUGAGAUUAUACAGCGCGAGACGAACCUGCAACCGAAGAAACCUCUUCGCCAGGAUCAGUCCUCUCGGUUCUCCUGAGCUUAGUGUAGUUCCGAUUCUUGAUCAGUGGAUUCAGGAAGGCAGGAUGAUCAAGGACUUUGAGAUGCGGAGAAUCGUUCGCGACCUUCGUAAUUGCCGGCGGUAUGGCCAAGCCCUUGAGGUGUCUGAAUGGAUGCGUAGCAAGGGACUUUUUUCCUUUACAACUAGAGACUUUGCUGUACAGCUUGAUCUGAUCGGCCGAGUUCAGGGGCUCGAUUCUGCAGAGAAGUAUUUCAGCAGUGUUUCUAACCAAGAGGAAAUUGGUAAACUCUAUGGUGCUCUUCUAAAUUGUUAUGUCAGGGAAGGCCUUGUAGAUAAGGCCCUUUCCCAUAUGCAGAAGAUGAAAGAGAUGGGUUUUGCUUCCUCUCCCCUCUGCUACAAUGAUAUAAUGUGUCUAUAUUUGAACACUGGCCAGGUCGAUAAAGUUCCGAAUGUACUUUCUGAAAUGAAGGAGAAUGGUGUUCUUCCUGACAAUUAUAGCUAUAGAAUUUGCAUCAGUUCUUAUGGAGCUAGGUCUGAUCUAAUCGGUAUGCUGAAGGUUUUGAGAGAAAUGGAGAGUCAAACUCACAUAUCUAUGGACUGGACUACUUAUUCAAUGGUUGCCAAUUUUUUCAUAAAGGCUGGUAUGCACGAGCAAGCAAUGAGUUACCUUCGGAAAUGCGAGGACAAGGUCAACCAAGACGCUCUCGGCUUCAAUCACCUCAUUUCACUUUACACCAGUCUGGGACGUAAAGACGAAGUAAUGAGACUGUGGGCUCUCCAAAAGAAGUGCAAGAAGCAAGUCAAUAGGGAUUAUAUAACCAUGUUGGGUUGUUUGGUUAAGCUUGAGUUUCUUGAGGAAGCUGAGAAAUUGGUCAAGGAAUGGGAGUCAUCUUGCGAGUGUUAUGAUUUUCGAGUUCCGAAUGUUCUUCUCAUCGGAUACUCGCAAAGGGGGCUAAUUGAAAGAGCAGAAAAGAUGCUUCAAAACAUCAUCAGUGAUGGGAGGAUCCCACCACCCAAUAGUUGGGGCAUUAUUGCAGCAGGGUACUUGGAGAAGCAGAACCCGGAGAGAGCUUUCAAGUGCAUGAAGGAAGCUGUAGCUGUACAAGAGCAAAACAAAGGGUGGAGGCCCAAACCUAGCGUCUUAUCAAGCAUACUGCGAUGGCUAUCUGAAAAUGGAAGAUAUGAGGAGCUGAAAGAGUUUCUGAGCUCAUUGAAGACUGUUCCUUCCAUGGACGGAAAACUAAGUAAUGCCUUCGAUGAGCUUCUGGAAACCUUAAAAAACAAUGAUGAAACAACGGCCGAUGCUCUUAAGAAAUCACAACCUUGUUUAGCUCAGGUAGAUUAAUGGUAUGGAAGGUAGUAUCUUAUAGGUAGUAUGUGUAUAUAAUUUAAAUUAGAACUCAUAAGAGACCAGUUGUCAAGUGGUGGGUUAAUUCUUAUUGAGUUGGUCGGAUUUAGAUAAUAGAUCUGUAUUUUAAUGCCACAUCAUAUUUUGUUACAUAAAAUAUAAUGGAUACUAAUCAUUAUUUUCUUAA